CUAGGCUAUUGAUUAGUAUUUGAAACAGUUUAAGAAACACACUAUGAGUAAUAUUUUUAUUUGGUAUUUUAUAUUAAGUUUUUUAACUGUAGUGACUUCACUUAUUUUCUGGAUAAAACACCGUCAAAACUUCUGGAAACGCCAAGGAAUUUACCAAAUAAAUCCAGACUUCUUCUUUGGUAAUCUAAAAGGGAUAUUUUUUCAAAAAAAGGCGCUCGGAGAAACUUUUUUGGACAUUUAUAAAGAAAUCAAAACCAAAGAUGGCAAGCAUGGUGGUUUGUACGUUUUUCUUGCACCAUAUUAUAUGCCCGUAGAUCCUGCCAUUAUUAAACAGAUAACUGUAAAAGAUUUUAAUUAUUUUAUGAAUCAUGGUACAUAUUUUGAUGAGAAAAAUGAUCCACUGUCAGGAGUGCUCUUUAAUAUAGAAGGUCAUAGAUGGCGCACCUUAAGAGCUAAUUUAACACCUACAUUCACCUCGGGAAAAAUUAAAAAUAUGUAUAAGAUUGUGCUGGACUGUACUGAAAACUUGGCAGAAUUACUUCUGAAAACUAUAUCAACAGAGCAAAAGAGACCAAUAGAUAUUAAGGAUAUUAUUUCAAGAUAUAGUAUUGAUAUUAUUGGAAAUUGUGCUUUUGGAUUUUUUUUGAAUAUGGUAAAAAAUACAGUUACGUAUAGAGAAAGGACACAAUAUUUUCGACCUGAUUUUAUGCAUCUCUUGCUUCAGCUAAAAAAUUUAGGAAAAGUAACAGAUGAAAAAACUAUAUUAGCCUCAAAUGAAAGUCAACACAAGCCCUUGCUAACCCUAAAUGAACUCGCAGCACAGUGUUUUAUCUUCUUUUUUGCUGGAUUUGAAACAUCAGCAACCACAAUUACGUUUGCUCUAUUUGAACUGGCAAGAAAUCAAGGUAUUCAAGAAAAAUUGAGGACUGAGAUACACACUAUAUGGGAAACUUACGGCAACAGUUACGAAACCUUAAUGAAAAUGACUUAUUUGGAAAAAGUUAUUUGUGAAACAUUGCGCAAAUACCCACCAGUACCUUGCACCAACCGCAUAGCUAAUGCCACCUAUAAAAUACCAAAUAGCAAAUUAACCUUAAAUAAGGGAACAAACGUCGUUAUUCCUAUAUUAGGGAUACAUAUGGAUCCCGAGUAUUAUCCGGAACCGACAAAAUUCGAUCCGGAAAGAUUUAGUGAAGAAGCAAAAGCUCUGAGGCCUGGAUGCACCUGGUUACCUUUUGGAGAAGGACCCAGAUCCUGUAUAGGUUCACGAUUUGGUCUACUCGAGAGCAAAAUUGCUGUGGCAACGAUUAUUCAUAAUUUUUACAUUUCUCUGAGUGACUCAACAAAACUGCCCCUGGAGAUGGAUCCUGGUACUUUGAUCAACUCCUCUAAGGGCAAAAUUUGGCUAAAUAUUCAGAAAGUUUAAGGGCACGAACUUAAUAAAUAUACCUGGACUGCCAAUUCAAUUCAGAAAAGUAAAUGACCACUACUAGGGGACCGCCAUUUUGCUUGAUUGUGUCCUUUCGAUAUUGGUCACUCUGACAAAUUUUAGUUGUGCCAAUUGUAGGGAAACAAAAUAAUAAAGUUUUUGAGAGGUUAUGUUUACAAAAAUACAAAAUAGAAAGUUACUUAUAGGUAAGAAUUUAAGAUAGUUGUGUUAGAUCUGUGAUUUUUCUUGUACUUCUUUAAGAAUUUCGUUAAAAUUUAUGAAAGAAAGUAAUCCUCACCUAAAAUGAGACAAAGUUUCAAUAAACUUGGAAUAGAUGCAUGCACUUUAAAAUAUUUGUUUUAUUAUUCUGAGAAUCUUGAAUCUUAUAAAUCUAAACUUAAACUUGAAUCUUAUAAAUCCUAAUACUAUGAAAAUGAUGAUCUUCAUUUAAAUUUUUGCUUGUAUUUACUUAACAAAUUCAGUUAAAAACACUUAUUAACACUUUUAUUUUCUUUCUAUUUUUACUAUUACGAGUUUUACUUUCCUUCCAUGUACAAUGUUUCCACAUUAAUAGGUACAACCAUCUAUAAAAAUCAAAAUUUAAAUGAUUUUAUGAGGGUUUGUAAUUAGCAAGAGUUUAUAUAGUAAAAAUAUAUUAUUCUAUCAUAAACAACACAGACAGACAAUUCACAAUAAUUCGGUUUUGAGAAACAGUGAACCAAAUACCUUUAAAUAAAGAUGGUGAUACAUUAUUCAUGUAUUAAAUAAGGAGGAAGAUACAUGGCCUGUUCCAGACGAUAUACCCAAGCCUCGUUUAUAAAUCGGCAAAAACUCGGCAAUCCGCUAUACUCACACGUCAAACGUCAGUGUCGUCAACUUUAUUACCGUUAUUUCAUAUAUUUUUUGUUGGCAACACUAAAAAUGUUCAGAGUGACCAACAUCAAAAGGCCACAACCACUAUAAACAUGGCGGCCACCAGGCAAUGGUCAUUUUAGGGUAUCGUGGCCAUAUGCAUUAGCAGUCCAGGUAUAUUUAUUAAGUUCGUGUUUAAGGGGUUAUAUGUUGGUAAAUAAAAACAUGGUUUAUUGUUUAAUUAUGUA